GAGUUAGUCGGUCCCAAUCCAAUGGUAUAGCAGUUUUUUGACCGUAGGCCGGAGAAAGAAGUUUGGAGAUUGUUUCGGAGUGGAGCGAAUCACUGUUUAGUUGCUCUAACAUGACCGACCUCUCUCCACACCCUCUCAUCGAUCCCUCCACCUUUGACUUAAUCGUCGUCGGCACUGGUUUACCUGAAUCCAUCAUCGCCGCCGCCGCCUCCGCUGCUGGAAAAACGGUCCUCCACCUUGACCCUAACCCCUACUACGGAGGUCACUUCGCCACUCUUCCUCUCCACGACCUCGCCUCCUUUCUCAAUUCCGCCUCUGUCCCUUCACUGCCAUUGCGACCCUCCGCUUCCGACGAUGCUCUUGAUUAUGUCUCUGUUGAUCUUCAAACUAGAUCUCUGUACUCAGAUGUUGAAAUCUCCUCUUACGCACCUGAAGUCCUUCAAGAGCAUUCCAGAAAGUUCAACAUUGAUUUGGCUGGACCGAGGGUUUUGUUUUGUGCUGAUAAAUGCAUCGACGCUGUUCUGAAACUGGGUGUUCACCAGUAUUUGGAAUUUAAGAGCAUUGAUGCGAGCUAUUUGUGGGAUCAGAAUGGAAAAUUGGUUAAUGUGCCUGGUUCUCGAGCAGCCAUAUUUAAGGACAAGAGUCUGAGUCUGACGGAGAAGAACCAGUUGAUGAGGUUUUUCAAACUUGUUCAGCACCAUUUGGAUCCCGCCGAGGAUAAUGAAAAUUCUAAAAUCUCCCAAGAGGACUUGGAUAGUCCUUUUGUGGAGUUCUUGAAUAAAUUGCGGUUGCCUCAGAAGAUGAAGUCGAUAAUUCUGUAUGCCAUAUCCUUGGCAGAUUAUGAUCAGAACGACAUUGAAGUUGGUAAAAACAGAUUACUUACAAAAGAAGGAAUCGACCGUCUAGCUCUUUACCACACUUCGAUUGGCAGAUUUCAAAAUGCACAAGGAGCUUUAUUAUAUCCUAUCUAUGGUCAAGGGGAGCUUUCUCAAGCAUUUUGCCGUCGAGCUGCAGUCAAAGGUUGUCUUUAUGUACUGCGGAUGCCUGUGGCUGCUCUAUUAAAGGACAAGAGUAAUGAGCAUUAUAAGGGUGUUCGGUUGGCUUCUGGACAGGACAUCUUUAGUCAACAGUUGGUGCUGGAUCCAUGCUUCAUAGUUCCUCGCCUGUCAAAAUUAUCUCUAGAAAGUCUUCAAGAUGUUAGCCUGAGAGAAAUUAACCACAAGGUGGCUAGAGGAAUAUGCAUUACAAAGCACUCCUUAGUAUCAGAUGUUAAGAAUUUCCUGUUGGUUUAUCCUCCUAAAACUUUGUUUCCUGAGCAAGUUUCAUCGAUUCGGGUUCUCCAAAUAGGUGGCAAUUUAGCUGUUUGUCCGGAGGAUAUGUUUGUCAUAUACAUAUCUACCUUAUGUGAUAAUGCUAAUCAAGGGAAAGAGAUGGUUCGUUCAGCUAUAAACACAAUCAUGUCUCUCUUUGUUUCUGAUUGUCCUGAUGCUAGUUCUGUAGAUCAAGAUACCAAUGCAGAAGAUAAAGAUUUUGAUUUACUUUGGAGUGCAUUAUACGUUCAGGACUCAUGUGCGGGUCAAUUUGGAUCAGUGAGCUUCACUCCUAUGCCUGAUGGAAAUCUGAACUACGAUGACCUUUUGAAUGCAACUUUUGAGCUAUUUCAGAAGAUGUAUCCCAAUGAAGAGUUCUUUCCGGAGACAACUUCAGCUGGAGUUCGUCAAGAUGAUGGCGAAGAGAGCUAAUGGUGUCCUAUUAUGCGUCAAUAGAUCUUCUUGUUAUGGAUAUUGUCGUCAUUGAAUUGGUCCAGGAAAACUUCCUUCAACUUAGUUUGUGAGAUCGGUUGGGUGUCGGGCCUACCUCCAAUGAAUCAACAAAAUGCAUAUUGCUGAUGUGUUUUUUUGGCGUCUGCAAGACUCGAUCAAAUAUAUGCAUAGACAAGGGCUCUCUUAAAGAAUGCUAAAGAAUUUGAGGUGGAUUUCCUAAUGUUGUACACCUAUAUCUAUGUUCAACACUCCAUGUUACACAAGUUAAAAUUAUAUGCAUUCUCCUAAAUGGGAAGAAACCAUAACUUUCUUUGAGGUUUGUUAUUUUUUAUGUA